UUUAUCAACAACUACAAUUCUGUAUCGCCUUCGUUCGUGUGUAGUGGAUUCAUGGAAGGCAGUGCUUUGCACAAGGGGUCGGUGACAUGUGCUUCAUGGAUUCGAAGGCCAGAUAAAGCUCAUCUAGUGAUCUUGGGUAAGUCGAGGCGCGGUGAUUCUUCUCCAUCUGUACUUGAGAUCUUCUCAUUUGAUGCCAAGACUUUCUCCCUUUCGUCUUCUCCAAAGGCCACAUAUGUGCUCGAAGAUGGCGAUCCUGUGAGCAUUGCAGUGCAUCCCAGUGGAGACGACAUCGUUUGCUCCACCACCACCGCGGGUUGCAAGGUGUUUGAGUUGUGUGUUCGGGAAGAAAGUAUAAAGCUGUUGGCCAAAGACCUAGCGCCUCUUCAAGAUGUUGGUCCCCAGAAAUGUCUAGCUUUUAGUACUGAUGGUUCUAAGUUUGCCUCAGGUGGCGAGGAUGGGUGUCUUAGGAUUUUUGAAUGGCCAAGCCUGCGCAUAAUUUUAGAUGAGCCAAGAGCGCACAAGUCUUUCCGAGAUCUGGAUAUUAGCCUAGACUCAGAGUACCUUGCUUCAACAUCAAAUGAUGGUUCUGCACGAGUAUGGAGUACCAGUGAUGGUGUUCCCUUGGCAUCUUUGACUCGUAGCUCGGAUGAGAAGAUUGAAUGUUGUCGCUUUUCCAGGGAUGGGACCAAGCCGUUCUUAUUUUGCACUGUCCAAAACGGUGAUAAAGCAGUUGUUGCAGUUUGGGAUAUUAGCACUUGGAAUCGAAUUGGGCAUAAAAAGCUACCUAGAAAGUCUGUUUCUGUCCUGUCCAUCAGCUUGGAUGGAAAAUAUCUUGGACUGGGAAGCAAGGAAGGUGAUAUAUGUGUAAUUAAUGUAAAGAAAAUGGAGAUCUGCCACUGGAGCAAGAGGCUUCAUCUUGGAACAUACAUAUCAUUGGUAGAGUUUUGCCCUAGUGAAAGGGUGGUACUUUCAACCUCUAGUCAAUGGGGAGCUGUUGUAACAAAGCUAAACGUGCCAGCUGAUUGGAAAGAGUGGCAGCUCUACUUGGUUCUUUUGGGGCUGUUUUUGGCCUCAGCUGUUCUGUUCUACAUAUUUUUUGAGAAUUCUGAUUCAUUUUGGAACUUUCCUCUUGGGAAAAAUCAGCCUGGAAGAACAAUGGCAUCUUUUUUUAAAGGUACUACAGAGACUCCCGAUGAUCCAAAUUCCUGGGAAUCUUUAGGACCCCUAGAUUUGUAAGUAACUUUCUGACUUGAGUUACUCCAAGUGAAGUCAUCAAAACAAAAUAACUAAAUAUGCUAUUUUUGGGGAUACUAUGUAUUAUUCAUUUGUAAUGGAUUCACUCAAAAGCCAUUGUCUGCCUUUUAUCAUUCUUCAGAUGAGAUUCAUCAUUAGAAAAUUUUCCAAUGUAUGGUCUAGUCCUAUUGGCCUGAAAGUAAAACUAUUGUUUUCUUGUUCACUCAUCCAUGACUCUGAUUACAUAGAUUGACCGACGACAUAUGGGGGAUGCCAUUGAAGAUCCUCCAAUCUUCUCAACCAAAAUUUCA